AUGCGUUUCUUGCUCGGUUUAUUCCUAGUUCUUGUAUUAGUUGCUGUCAGUGAGGCCUGGAUUGGAGGCUGGGGCUGCGGUCUGUUUUGUCGUAUGCGGAUGAGGAGGAUCUGGAGGCUGGAAAGACGGCUGAACCGACUCACCUACGGCGGCUACGGGCUCAACUGGCUGUAUGGCGGUUACGGUGGCUACGGCGGCUAUGGAUAUCCGUAUUAUGGCGGCUACGGAUGGGGAAAGAAA